AGCCUAACAAAGAGUGCUUUAGCCUCUGGGGUGGACCUGCCUUGUCAUUAGCUGUUUAUCUCCUCCCACCUGGACCUGUCUGACCUUUAACCCAGCCUCCUGCUCCUUUGAACCGGACUGUUCUCUUUGGCAGUAUGAGCGAGAAGCGAGGAUGUCCCUUUCAGCUGCUGAACCGUGCGCACAGAGACCACGGUGGUAGUGGUGGUGGAGGAUCCAAGACCUUCGGGCCAAAUGGUCAUGCCACCACCAGCCUUACCAACCCGGGACGGAGCCCCAUGGGUGGGAGCCAAGGCAUGGGCACCAUGGACAGUGACAGGUCCCUGGCCCUGGAUGAGGCUGCCACUGCUGCUGCUGACAGUACACACUACUCUCCUGUUUCACUGAAACUGGAGCCCACAGCGGUGAAUAAUGGAUCAGACACUCCCUGCAGCCCGCAGACGGACACAAAGGACCCACCGCUGCAGAUCGACGGCCGGCCCCCUGCCCACUGCCCUAACCCUCCUCUCCCUCCAGCCAGCCAGCUGCGCUCCACCAUACAUUCCCAGAGCCCCUACGUCACCAAGACUAGCAUGCAGGGGGAUGUCUACAACUUCCUAGAGAGACCCGCUGGAUUGAGAUGCUUCCUCUACCACUUCUUGGUUUUCCUCAUGGUCCUGGUGUGCCUUAUCUUCAGUGUCCUGUCCACCAUAGAACACUAUGCCGAUUUUGCCAGCGGAACACUCUUCGUGAUGGAGAUUGUCCUGGUGCUGUUCUUUGGGACAGAGUAUGUGGUGCGGCUCUGGUCUGCCGGCUGCAGGAGCAAAUAUGUGGGGAUCAAGGGACGACUCCGCUUCAUCAGGAAACCCAUUUCUAUCAUAGAUCUGAUAGUGGUUAUUGCCUCCGUCGUAGUGCUGGGUGUAGGCUCCAAUGGCCAAGUGUUUGCCACAUCUGCUAUCAGGGGAAUCCGCUUCCUCCAGAUUCUACGCAUGCUGCACGUGGAUCGUCAGGGAGGAACAUGGAGGCUUCUUGGAUCAGUAGUCUUCAUCCAUAGACAGGAGCUGAUCACCACGCUGUACAUUGGCUUCCUGGGGCUGAUUUUCUCCUCCUACUUUGUGUACCUGGCGGAGAAGGAUGCUGUGGACGAGGAGGGCAAGACUGGGUUCUCCAGCUACGCUGAUGCCCUGUGGUGGGGCGUGGUGACAGUGACCACCAUUGGCUACGGGGACAAGAUUCCUCAGACGUGGAUAGGGAAGUGCAUUGCCUCCUGCUUCAGCGUCUUCGCCAUCUCCUUCUUUGCUCUGCCUGCAGGUAUACUGGGCUCGGGCUUUGCUCUGAAGGUGCAGCAGAAACAGAGACAGAAACAUUUCAACAGACAGAUCCCGGCUGCAGCCUCACUAAUCCAGACGCUGUGGCGCUGCUAUGCAGCAGAGAAACCAGAAGGCUGUCCUGCCACCUGGAAGAUGUAUGUCCUCACCAGAGACUACAUUCCCCCCAUUAACUCUGAAAACAACAACCCAAACCUCAGAAACAAGGUAAACACUACAUCACUUCUUCAGUUAUAA